CCUCCCCCGCGCGCACCGCCUCCUCGGGCGCGUGCACGACCGACUGGCUGCUGCUGCGGCGCCGCGUCUCUCGCCUCUCCCGGCUCCUUGGCCCCCCCGAACAUGGCGGCGGCCCCGGAGGAGGAGGAGGUGGACCGCAGACCGAUCCGGAGGGUCCGGUCCAAGAGCGACACMCCUUACAUCAACGAGGCCCGGAUCUCUCUGCACCUGGAGACAGCUGAGGAGGUGGAGCGGCUGGCGUCCAUGAGGUCCGACUCGUUGGUGCCGGGGACCCACACGCCCCCCAUCCGCCGCCGGAGCAAGUUCGCCAMUUUAGGCCGGCUGUUCAAACCCUGGAAGUGGAGGAAGAAGAAGAGCGAGAAGUUCAAGCAGACGUCUGCUGUGUUGGAGAGGAAGAUGUCGACCCGUCAGAGCAGAGAGGAGCUCAUCAAGAAGGGCUUCCUGAAGGAGGUCUACGACAAAGACAGCGGCUCCUCGCCGGCUCUCCAGGAGGAGGUGAGGAUGGAGAACGGGCGCUCUGCGGAGCUAUCCGGCUCGUCAGAGUCCGAAGGUUCGGAGCUGAUGGAAGGAGCGGCGGCAGCUGUAGGAACAUCGGAGUUUGAAAUGUCGAGUGACGGGUCGUGUCAAGAAGAUCAGAGGYCCAGCCAGGCUCCGCCCACAAAGCCAGCCGACGACUCAGGAGGUCCUUCGUUACACAAGCAGCCUCCUGCUCCGCCUCCCAAACCUUUCAUCUGGAUACCCAAUCACAUCACAGACGGCGCUCCCGUCAGGUUACCGUGCAUGUCGAUGAAAUUAUCACCUCCUCUACCUCCGAAGAAGCUCAUGAUCUCAGCGCCCGCGGGCAGCACGGAGCCCCCCGCGCUCACCUUCCAGAAGUGCCCCGCCCCCUCCGGCCACGCCUCGGCGCCGCCCCUCCCGCUGCACCCGCCCAGCCGGAUCAUAGAGGAGCUGAACAAAACCCUGGCCCUGACUGUGCAGAAGUUCGAGAGCUCCAUGAUGCACGGCAUCCCCUCGGUGCUGCUCGAGUGUGAUGAGGACAAAGAAAACCUCCCCGACGAGGCGGACUACGAGGAACUGCCGGACAUGUACAAAGACGAGGAAGAGGAGGAGGAAGACGAGGAGGAUGAUGACGAGGAGGAGGAAGAAGAGGAAGAUGAUGAUGAUGAGGAAGAAGAGGAAGAGGAGGAUGAUACACUCCUAACAAGUACGCUGGCCCUGAAGGUYCUACGAAAAGACUCUCUGGCCAUCAAGCUGAGCAACCGUCCCUCGAAACGGGAGCUGGAGGAGAAGAACAUCCUGCAGCUGCAGUCGUACCAGGAGCGGCUCGAGUCUCGACAGCAGACCGCCACCAAACUGACCAGGCGCUUGAGUCAGAGGCCGACAGCCGAGGAGCUGGAGCAGAGGAACAUCCUGAAACCUCGAAACAAYCUGGAGGAGAAGAGGGAGAUCAAACGGCACCUGUCUAAGAAGCUCAGUCAGAGGCCGACGGUGGAGGAGCUGAGGGAGGCGAAGAUCCUCAUCCGCUUCAGCGACUACGUGGAGGUGGCCGAGGCUCAGGACUACGACCGGAGGGCCGACAAGCCGUGGACCCGGCUGACGGCUGCCGAUAAGGCCGCUAUCAGGAAAGAGCUGAACGAGUUUAAGAGCACAGAGAUGGAGGUUCACGAGUCGAGUCGUCAUUUCACCAGGUUUCACCGGCCGUAAAGCAGCACCUCGGUCCUGCUACCGCUAACCUGCCGCCGCCGCGCUGCGAGUCGGCGUCGACCUGAACGCACAGGUGUGAGACGGAAAGCUCUUCAGGUGGAAGAAACUCCGAGCUGUGGUCUUCCCUAAAGAGGGGAACUUUAAAGACUUCUUGAUAUUCAAAAGCUUUUAACUGUUUUUUUAUUUGUUACGACGGAAAUGAGUUUUAUUUCCUUUGAAACGAAAAGGCCAACGGAGAUCAGCACAAUCUGUGCCAAGUUCACGGUCUGGUUUUUACUCUCAACUGGACGAUACCAAAACCCUGGGGUGGGGGUGGAGGCAUUGUGUUGGUUUUAUUUUUGAGAUGACAUCACCAUUGUUACUUACACCAGGCUCACACGACAAGAUUUUAUAAUUGUCGGUUGAUUUGUAAAACCUGAGACCACAAACAUAACGAUAAAAAACAGGUGUGUAUGGAGUUAAAUACGGGCCAUAAAUUUUGUAAAAAAAAAAUUUUGAAACUGAAAAAAAAA